AUGGAGAGAAAUCUAGUGUUGUUGAAAAACAGAAUGUGGAAAAUGUUUACCGUGAAUAAUAACACUGUUUACUUUGAUAAGAUAGACAAGCUAGUUGAUGAUUACAAUAAUGCGAGGCAUUCCAGUGUAAAAAUGACUCCUGUUGUAGCGAGUAAAAAGAAGAAUGGGAGUAAAGUUUGGUCUAAUUUGUACGGCGAUUUGAUUUACACAAAACCUGGUAAACCAAGGUUUUCUAUUGGAGACCGUGUGAGAAUUUCAAAAUAUAAAAGAAAAGUAUUCGCUAAGGGUUACACACCAAACUGGACGGUGGACAUAUUUGUAAUUUAUAAAGUUCUUCCAACAAAACCUGUUACGCAU